AUGGCGGCGCUGAGCAAGUCCAUCCCCCACAGCUGCUACGAGAUCGGGCACACCUGGCACCCGCGCUGCUCGUGGGCCGUGCUGCACGUCACGCACGGCGCCCUCACCGAGUCGCUGCGCAUCUACGGCACCCUCUACCUGAUUGCAGCUAUUCUCAGGAAACGAAAACUUGACUAUUAUUUGCACAAACUGCUACCUGAGAUCUUGCAAUCAACUUCCUUUCUGACAGCAAAUGGGACCUUGUAUAUUGCUUGCUUUUGCAUUCUAAGAAAGCUGCUUGGAAAAUUCUACUUUUGGUCUCCUGGCUUUGGUGCUGCUUUACCAGCUUCCUACAUGGCAAUUCUCAUCGAAAGGAAGAGCAGGAGAGGCCUGCUGACAAUUUACAUGGCUAAUCAGGCCACAGAAACGUUGUUUCGAAUGGCAGUUUCAAGAGGAGCUAUUACACCUUUAAGACAUGGAGAAGUCCUUUUGUUCUGCAUCACAGCUGCUCUGUUCAUGUUCUUUUUCAGGUGCAAAGAUGGCUUGAAAGGAUUUACAUACUCUGCACUAAAAUUCAUUGUAGGGAAAGAAGAAAUCCCCACUCAUUCAUUUUCACCAGAAGCAGCAUUUUCAAGAACAGAUAGGAAGAUAAAGCAUCGUGAAAAAAUCUCGCAGUCAAUGAACAUACUGGCUCUAACAAAAAAGCUCAUGGACAAAGUGUGCAAACAUGGCCCUAGGCAUCGCUGCUGUAAACACUAUGAAGAUAAUUGCAUUUCAUAUUGUAUUAAAGGCUUCGUUAGGAUGUUUAGCAUCGGUUACCUGAUCCAGUGCUGCCUUCGGAUCCCAUCCACGUUCAGGCAUCUCUUUACUGAACCUUCCCGGCUCCUUUCGCUCUUCUACAACAAGGAAAAUUUCCAGCUUGGAGCUUUUCUGGGAUCUUUUGUCAGUAUAUACAAAGGCACUAGCUGCUUUCUACGCUGGAUACGAAACCUGGAUGAUGAGCUCCAUGCACUUGUAGCUGGGGCUCUCGCAGGAAUUUCUAUGAUGUUUUACAAAAGUACUACUAUCUCUAUGUACCUGGCUUCCAAAUUAGUAGAGACUAUAUACUUCAAAGGCAUUGAAGCAGGGAAAGUUCCUUAUUUUCCUCACGCAGACAGCAUCAUCUAUGCCAUUUCCACAUCUAUAUGCUUUCAGGCCGCUGUGAUGGAAGUUCAGAACCUGCGACCUUCCUACUGGAAGUUUCUUUUACGCCUAACAAAGGGCAGGUUUGCGCUCAUGAAUAGGAAAGUUUUAGAUGUAUUUGGUACCGAAGCCUCUAAGAACUUCAAGGGUUUCAUACCCAAACUGGACCCCAGAUACACUGUUGUCCCACCAGAGCUGCCGCUGGAGCUGUCUUGAAAAUGAUAGUGUAUCUUGUCAUUAAGUGUGAUCAGCAUUUUGUCCUGAGAAGUUAAUUAACUUAACAGUCCUAUAAAUGGAGGAGGUCUUGGGCUCCACUUCAGUAUUAUUUCAAUGAGAAAUGCUCUUUACCAAUCAAAAACAUUGAAGUUUUGUGGGAAGGUGUAGGCUUAAUGAUUAAGCCCCUUCCAUACAUAAGAAAUAUUUCUGGAUUACUGUAGUUGGUUGACAGUAUGGUAGAUUCCUGAGUGAAUUAAAUCGAUGAGUAAUGUAUCUAGAGAAGAGAAGUAAAACGUAYGUAAGGCGUAAAUAUGCAUAAUAAUUUCCAAACCUCUGAUCUCAUACCAGUAGAAUAUUUCUUCGUCAAACUAAAAGUAAUUCUAAAUUUAGAAAGGAAGACAUAAUUGCAUAGUUUAGGUCCAGAUUUUUGCCUGAUCUGAAAACUGUUGCAGUCYGGCGCGAAUGUCUCCACGGCUCUCUGACCUGCACAACUGAUACCCGCUCUCUUUAAAAUGACAAUAUUUGCACCUGGCUGCGGUGUGAAAGAAGGCAUUCCUUAGUAAAAGAAAAUGAAUCUUAGUUCCUAAAGCACAUUCCAGGGCCGAAAAUCCCCCCUGACGUUACGGAUACGGGCAAAGAAACACGCAAAGGCCAGGGCAGAGCCUCGUGCGCCCUGAGGAGCAGCAGGGUGGGGUGGGGAGCAUCUGCCAAGUGGAAAAUGGCAAAAGAGGCGGAGGAAGGAAUGAGAUGGCGCUGGAAACAGCAGGCAGUUACAAAAAUAAAAGAAGCCAGGARCGAAACAAAAAAACCCAAAAUAUACUGAAAUUAAAUGUUUAUUUUUAAAGGGUUCAACAGUGUCUUUUUAGAUGGGCUUGGCUUGUUUGUGAGGCUGCAAUACCAGCCAACRUUUUCAGUGGCCUUUAAAAGGGAACUGACCCCUGAGGUUCAACUGUUACAAGAACACAGUUUUGGCAGUCAUGGUAAUAGAGUCCUCAGUGCAGGAUGCUUUUCCAUUGACUAUCAGACAGCCAUGACUGUGACAAUUACAUUAAAUUUAAUAUGGUCCUCARUGCAAAUAAAUACCUUCUCAAAUUCCAUCUCAUUUUUACACUGCAGAUGUCUACAGAUAAUAAUUUGUGCACUAAAGUGAUACCUUGACAUGCUAAUUAUUUGGGAGGGUUUUAGUUAGUUUUUUGUUUGUGCUUUUUUUUUUUUUUAAAUAAAGUCCAUUCAGGUCAUGCUGAAUGACGUUCAUUAACCUUGCAUCUGAAUGAAAAGCUGAACUAUACCCACAUUCAACUAACAAGACAUAUGGUAAGCCUGGGAAGGGAACUUGGAGUACGGUGCAUGUAUUUUAGAAAGGAAAAGAAGAAGAAGAAAACAGUCUCUGUACUGGAAGUUUUUAUCAGAUAAUGUGAAUUGGAUUACUUAAUGGAAUCUUUGUCUUGUAACUGUAUUCCUGCCCCAGCCUUAAGCAUAUUUUAAUUCCUGUUACUUUAAUUUCUUAUUACUAAACAUGCAGUAAUUUUUAUCAGAUUUGCAGAGAUGYCACAAAAAUUGUAGCAGUCUGUGCACAGAACCUGCUUCUUCAUCAGCUACGUAACGACGGUGCUCUGGCAUUGUUGCUAAAGGUGCUUCGUCCUUUGCUAGAAGAGCAGUUGUCCAAGUCAGUGCGAACAAACUUCUGCAAGCUAGUUUGUAUGCAGUGUUUUAUUGCUCGAGAUAUUAAAUUAUAAUUCCUCAAAAGGAAAUAAAAGUUAAUUCCAUAAGGACCUUAAAAGGAUUGUAAUACGUUUGUAGUGUUUUUCCACUGGAAUAUGGUCUAAAAUAUUUGACCUUGUAAAGUCUGAGAAGUA